UUUUUGGUGACGCCAUCUUGGCUGCAGGACCAGCCCCCUGCGCGCCGCGGAACCGCAGAUUGUAGUUGUUUUGAACACGACCGGGUAUGACUGGCGGGAACGCGUUUCACAAGAACUACUGCAGCAACAAAGACUCCGAACCCAGAAUGGACGUGGACAUGGACUCGGGUCGGACUGAGAGUGAGCGCGGAGAGCUGGACAGCAGCAUCCCGGCUCCGUGCUCCUCCAACGGCAGCGGCGGGGAGGAGGACGAAGCGGAGGCCUUGGCUCGGCCGAGAGAAGCCGGCGGCUCGAGUAUUCAGCACACCCCGGAUGGAGGCGGGGUGCUCGGCAGCGGAAGGGAGCAGGAGGUGUCGGUGGAAAUCGGAGAAACGUAUCUGUGUCAAAGAGCCGAUAAAACAUGGCACACCGCAGAAGUGAUUCAGUCUCGACUGAAUGAGCAGGAGGGUCGGGAGGAGUUUUAUGUCCACUAUGUAGGUUUCAACAGGCGGCUGGAUGAAUGGGUGGGUAAAUCCCGCCUGGCGCUCACCAAGACAGUGAAGGAUGCAGUAAGAAAGAGCACAGAGAUCGGAGGUGUGGGUGAUCUGGGGGAUCAGCCUGAGAGGAAGAUUACCCGCAACCAGAAGCGGAAACACGAUGAGAUCAACCAUGUGCAGAAGACGUAUGCAGAGAUGGAUCCAACAACAGCAGCGCUGGAGAAGGAGCACGAGGCGAUCACCAAAGUGAAGUAUGUAGAUAAGAUCCAGAUUGGAAACUUUGAGAUUGACGCCUGGUACUUUUCCCCGUUUCCUGAGGAUUAUGGCAAGCAGCCCAAGCUGUGGAUCUGCGAGUACUGCCUUAAAUACAUGAAGUAUGAGAAGUCGUUCAGAUUUCACCUG